AUCGGCUGCGCACCGAUCAUCCUCAGGGGGCUAACCUCUUGACCAUGAUGCCUUGCGGUCCGCCGAGAGUCCUCCCAGAGGAAGAGGAAGAGGCAGAAGGGAGGCCAACGAAACACUCGACCAAACGGCUAAGGAUAAGGAAGAGCACUUACGCAGAGGAGAAGCUGACCUCUUCCAGUUGUGGACGUAGAAGAAGAAUUAGGUGGGGGGGAAGAAAAAAGACGAGGAGGAAGAAGACGAGAGGAAAAAGAGGGCAAGAGCAGGAUGAGGGGACGAGGAGGAAGACGAAUGAGGAGCAGGAGGAAGAACAGGAGGAAGAGGAGGAGGAAGAGGAGGAGGAAGAGGAGGGAGGAAGAGGACGAGGAGGAAGAGGAGGAGGAAGAGGAGGGAGGAAGAGGACGAGGAGGAAGAGGACGAGGAGGAAGAGGAGGGAGGAAGAGGAGGAGGAAGAGGAGGAAGAGGAGGAAGAGGAGGAGGAGGAGGAGGAAGAGGAGGAGGAAGAGGAAGAGGAGGAAGAGGAGGAAGAGGAGGAGGCGGAAGAGGAGGAGGAAGAGGAGGAGGAGGAAGAGGAGGAGCGAAUAGUCGAAGAAAAAAGAGAUGAGGCAAGAGAAGGAGGAUAAGCGUACAAGGAGAACGACAAAAUGGAUUCAAAUCGAUGAGCAAACGGCAGCAAACGGCAGCAAACGGAAGGAGGGAAAGAGUAGGGAGUAGGGUAGGCAGGGGCUAAUGGCAGAGGGCCAUGUUACCGGUUCCUUCUUUGUGUUGUCACUGGGAGUCAAUCUGUGUCUGAGGGCAUACCUCACACUAGCAGUUUCCCAAAUAUAUCAGGCGGCAAUUACGGCCACACCUGGAUGAAUCUGACCGCAAUCACGUCCAGAGCUUAGAAGAUAAACAGUCCUAGUUUGA